GCAAAAUCCUCUGGUCAACUGUAUUUUUCUUGUUCUUCAUUAUUGCAUGGCUUCGACAAGUCCUUAUGUUGGAGAUCCUACCUAUUCUGUAUCGAUCAAGAGACUCAGACGGGAGAAGCCAAGUUCUGUAUAACGGCAUCUCAAGCUGUCACACGUCUCAGAAAUGAGGGGAGUGAAUCGACAGGACUUGCAGUCUUGUGAUAGUGCUAGGCCGCUAGAAAUCGAAGAUUCUGAUUCGAAAGACUGAUCCGCAAAUUCUGAAGCUGCCGAAGCCACUGGCCUUGUGCCUAUCAACGAGCUCCCUCCGAGACGGAAAGUCGUCUGGGUUUGGGUGUGCUGCCAAUGCGGAACAAGUGGGAUGAAGGUUAGCGUUGACCCUUGUCCCUGUUGCGGUAACUAUAGAUGUCCAAACUGCGCGACCAGACGGUUUGGUUAAGGCGAAUAUUAAAGCCACUGGCAAAGCUCGCCAGAGUGAGGGAGCUCGGUAGAGAUGGUGAUGGUGGCUCAUCGUGGAAAAGUUGGGGAGUUGUUUGUAAGAUAUAUGUUUCGGACGCUAAGGUGGUUAUCCUAAUUUGUGUGGGGCCCCGGGUUAUGGAAAACGUUAGAGAUAGAGAUUAGACUGUAACAAUACCUACCUACCUUCCAACCUGCUCG